GGGACACUUGCGAUUCUUCUCUCCUUUGGAACCUUCGCCUGUCUGAUUUUAUCUCUACAUAUUCUAUUCUCUCUAUUCCUUACUUUCUUUGUCCCCAUUCCCCUCAAUUCCUCUUUCCUUUCCCCUUUUAUAGACCAUCGUUAGAGCUAUAUCUCAUCAUGUCUGGAACUCAACCCGUGGCUCUCUACGCCCUGCGCGUGCCUCCUGGAGGUGCGCUGAUCCCGGCUCUCCCUGAGGUCGCUGCUAUGUUCCGAGUCAACAUGGCGGCCAUUGACCCCGAUGAGACCCCCGAGUUCGAAGAUGGCGCCGAGAACCAGCGUCCCCGGGCUACUCUGAAGCUGGUCCGUCCUCCCCCCGGCUUGGACUAUGACGAGUCGGAUGAGGAUGAUGAGUCCGAUGAGGAUUCCGAGGAUGAUGACGAGGUCAACGGCGGUCCUAGCGACAAGGAGCGCGCCCGUCAGCUCAAGAAGGCUGCCGCCCAGAAGGCUUUGGAGGAGGCGAUGGCGGAGGAUGACGAAGAGUCGGAUGAGGAUGAGGAUGACGACGACUUUGACCUGAAGGCGGCUAUCUCGAAGCUUGUCAAGGGCAAGGGCCCUGCCAUGGAGGAUGAUGAAGAUGACGAGUCGGAUGAGGGCCUGGACCUGGACGAGAUGGUCAUCUGCACUCUGGAUCCCGAGAGAAACUUCCAACAGCCCCUCGACAUCACCGUGUCCGAGGACGAGCGCGUGUUCUUCAAGGUGACCGGUACCCACACCAUCUACCUGACCGGUAACUACGUCAUGCCCAUGGAUGAGCCCCAGGACGAGUCCGAUGAGGAGGACGAGGAUGACUACGACCUCUCCCCCGAUGAGGAUGAGCUCGACAUGGACCUCAUGGACGAGGACGAGGAGAGCGACGACCUGGAUGACCUGGAGAACCCGAGAAUCACCGAGGUCGACAGUGAGGAGGAUGCCCCGAAGCUGGUUGAGGCUAAGGGCAAGGGCAAGGGCAAGCGCGCCGCCGCCGAGGCCGAGAGCCUCGACGAUCUCAUGGCCAAGGAGGCCGAGGCGUCGAGCAAGAAGCAGCAGAAGAAGGUGAAGAAGAACAACGGUGACGCCGCCCCCGUCGAGCAAAAGAAGGAGGGCAAGGAGGCCAAGAAGGUCCAGUUCGCCAAGAACCUGGAGCAGGGCCCCACCCCGUCCGCCCAGGACAAGAAGCCCGCCGAGAAGUCCACCGGCACCCUGGGUGUCAAGGAGAUCAAGGGUGUCAAGAUCGAUGACAAGAAGCUGGGAAGCGGUGCCGCUGCCAAGAGCGGUAACACCAUUGCCAUGCGUUACAUCGGCAAGCUCGAGGAUGGCAAGGUCUUUGACUCCAACAAGAAGGGCAAGCCUUUCACCUUCAAGCUGGGUAAGGGUGAGGUCAUCAAGGGUUGGGAUAUCGGUGUCGCCGGCAUGGCUGUCGGUGGUGAGCGCCGCAUCUCCAUCCCCCCCAACCUUGCGUACGGCAAGAAGGCUCUCCCCGGCAUCCCCGGCAACUCGAAGUUGAUCUUCGAUGUCAAGCUGCUGGAGAUCAAAUAAUUGCCUGUUUUUUGAACCUGUACGAUGUGCGUCGGCGCACCGCCCCUGACACGCCUCAUGGCCGUCAGUGAGGAGGAAUUCGCUCUCUUUCAUAUCAAUGUUUUGUGUUUUUUUUUUUCCCAAAAGGAAUGGUGUUAUAGGGGUUUUGAGUAUAGUUAGGUUCUGUUCUGUGAUAUCCGACUUGUUAUCUUCUUGCAGAGUCCCCGAUGUGCAUGCAGUAGGGAUGAGGAUAUCGCAAGCAAUCCACGUCCUGUUGUUGAAUAAUGGAAAGAGUAUCAUUUAAAUAUUACCUAUUUAUUGCCUC